UUCAUACAUUGCUAUUCAAAUUUUUCAUAUUCACGGCUCGGUGGCAUGGUGGCAAGUUAGGUUAGGAGUUCUUCAUGCAUUUUGGAAAUAAAUAAACCACGAUGGCUGUAGCUCCUGAAGAAUUAUUUCGGCAUGCUGCUGGAAGAGUUUUCAAUUGUUGGUCUGCUCUGCAGUUGGCAGUUGAACAUGGAAUGGGUGGUGCAGAUGGAUAUAACAAGGCAAUGGGCAUGAUUGACGCUGUGGUUGAAUUAUUCAGGAAUAAACCUGAUGCUGGUUGGGAUGAGGUUGCCGACAUUUUAGGUGACAUGAUGGAUGAUGAGUUCAAUACCAUCUGUGAGGAUGAUUCAACAGAUGAAGUCGGUUCACUUCUCUGGGAGUUUUAUAAGCACUGUUGUUCUGGAGAUCAAGCACUUGUGGAGCAAGAGUUAGAAAAGUUGCCCUCAGGGAAUUGGCUCAACAAAUGCUUAAACCAGUCUCAUCCUACAGCACCACAGGAUGACAGUGAUGAUGACGAUGAUGGUGAUGAUGCUCAGGGUGGACCUAGCACUUCUAAUGGACAAAACCAAAUGGAUGCCGAGAUGGGCCCUCAGGGAGAGGAUCCUGAUCCAGGCUGGACUCAAGUUAGGAGAAAGAGAUAGAAAUUUUCCUUGACUUAAAAAUGAUUAUGCUUGUAAUGUUUUAAUUACUGGUGUGUAUUUAUUAUUGUUUGCAUUUGCUUUUGGUAAAAAGAAAUCUAUCAAAUGCGUCGGUUGUGAUGCAAUUUGUGAUCAUACUUUAUAAGGAAGGCUCUUCCAAUUCCUGUUCAUUUAGUUUUAUUGUCACAUUACAAUAUGAGGAAAGGAAAAAUGUUAAUCACUGA